AUGGACGAACAUACCCUCUUCUACCGCCAGCCCGCCUCCCUCUGGACCGAAGCCCUCCCUAUAGGCAACGGCCGUCUCGGCGCAAUGGUCCGCGGCACCACCAACACCGACCGUCUCUGGCUCAACGAAGACUCUGUCUGGUACGGCGGGCCCCAGAACCGCGUCAACCCCUGCGCCAAAGCCGAGCUCCCCAAGAUCAGGCAGCUCAUCGAUGACAAUCGGGUCAACGAGGCUGAGAAGCUCAUCUCGCGUGCCUUCACCGCUAUGCCCGAGAGCCUGAGGCAUUAUGAGCCACUCGGUGACGUGUUUCUGAGAUUCGACCAUGGCUUGGAUCCGGAGGGUGCCGACAAGAUGACCGCCGGUCUACCGGAAGUGUCCAAGGAAGCGCUGAAGCCGGAGGAUGAUGAGACACCGAGGAGUUACAGACGCGCUCUGGACCUGAGAACCGGCCUGGCGACGACGGAGUAUGACUUCAAAGGCGUGCAUUUCAAAAGAGAGUACUUCUCCAGCUCAACGGAUGAUGUGGUCUGCGUGAGAAUUAGUAGUGACAAGAAAGGGGCAGUGGGCUUUGCCUUGUCCAUCAACCGAGGAGACGAUGAUGAUGUGAACAGGAAACUGAACAAGACGUUUGAUAGCCUGGUUCACAUUCCUGGGGGACUGCAACUGUUUGCCUCGAUGGGGAAGGGAGGUAUUGACUUGAGCAUGGGAGCUGUCGUUCAGUUGGAAGGUCAGGGGAAGGUCUGCGAGGACGGGAUUGAUAUAGUCGUGUCGGACGCAGACGCAGCUGUCGUAUUUAUCUCUGGGGAAACCACAUUCCGCAACAAGGACGAGGGCCAAGCAGUCAGAGAUCGUCUCACCGCGGUCUCCUCCAAGCCGUGGGCCUCCCUCCUCUCCGUCCACACACAGCGUUUCUCCCCCUUAUACAACCGCUGCACCCUCCAACUCCACGACUCGUCCGACGGAACCGCCAUCCCCACGGACGAGCGCCUCCAGGCCAUCCGCGACGGCCACACCGACCGCGGGCUGGUAGCUCUCCUCUUCCACUACGGCCGCUACCUCCUCCUCUCCUCCUCCCUUGCCGGCCUGCCCGCCAACCUCCAGGGCAUCUGGAACAAGGACGCCAUGCCGAUCUGGGGCUCCAAGUACACCACCAACAUCAACACCCAGAUGAACUACUGGCCCGCAGAAGUGACCUCCCUCUCCGAAUGCCACGCCCCGCUCCUCGAGCACAUCGAACGCCUGGCCAAGAGGGGCGAGCAGACAGCCAAGGACAUGUACGGCUGCAAGGGUUGGGUGUGCCAUCACAACACGGAUAUCUGGGCAGACACGGCACCGCAGGAUCGGUGGGUGCCGGCCACGUACUGGUGCUUGAGUGGUGCGUGGCUGAGUCUGCACCUGUGGGAGCAUUACCUGUUCAACCGGGACGAGUCCUUCCUCAGGAGAGCCUACCCCAUCAUGAAGGGUGCGGCAGACUUCUUUACCGACUUCCUCGUAGAGAAGGAUGGAUACCUGGUUACUUCGCCGAGCGUGUCGGCCGAGAACUCGUACUACAUCCCCGGCACAAACAAAGUAGCCUCCCUCUGCGCCGGCCCAGCCUGGGACAGCCAGAUCCUCCGCGAGCUAUUCGGCGCCCUCAUCGCGGCCGGGAAGACCCUCCACGAGGACACGUCCGACCUGGCCGCGCUCCUCCCCAAGCUCCAGGCGCCCCAGGUCGGCAGCAAGGGCCAGAUCCUCGAAUGGCGUGACGAGUACAAGGAGGCGGACCCGGGCCACCGCCACGUCUCCCACCUCUGGGGCCUCUUCCCCGGCACGUCUAUCCAGUCGCCCGAGCUGCACGCCGCGGCCAGGGUCACGCUGGAGCGUCGUCUCGCGGCGGGCGGCGGGCACACGGGGUGGAGCAUCGCGUGGAUACUGUGCCUGUACGCUCGGCUGCGCGAGAGUUCUAAAGCGGAGGAGACGGUGCAGAAGAUGCUGCAGCAUAGCAUACUGGAUAAUCUUUUCGAUAACCACCCGCCGUUCCAGAUUGACGGGAAUUUCGGCUUGACCGCCGCGGUGGCGGAGAUGUUGCUCCAGAGCUAUGAUGGGGACGUUAUUGAGAUUCUGCCGUGUUUGCUGCCAAGUUGGGAGAAGGGGGGGAGGAUCAAGGGGUUGAAGGCUAGAGGAUGUGUGGAUGUUGAUAUUGAGUGGGAGCAAGGCAAGUUGAAGAUGGUGAGGCUGGUUAGUGGCAUUGAUCAAGAUAGGAUCUUGAGGAUUGGUGAGGGGAAACUCUUAUCAGGGGAUGGAAAGAGGAAAGUGAAGUUGGAAAAGGCGGUGAUGCUGGAGUUGUCGGGGUCGUGGUAA